UAUCUACUAGGUAAAUAUGUACAUAUGUAGGUAGAUCACCGUGGAUCACGUGCUCUGCUAGGCCUGUUAGGAGCAAUGGCUCGGCUUCAAUAAUGGGAGGGGAAAGCUCGUCACCCCAGUAAUGGAUUCCAUUUAUCCGCAAAUCAUCUCUGGCGGGACAGCACUGAUUUGCGGAGCACAGUGCCAGAACGGCAGUACACAGAACCUAUAUAAAGCGCGCUGGUCGUGGUGCCGAGUGAAGCUGACGGACAAUCGUUAAUUAUGAUCUUCUUCUCCAAUUGUAUCUUCGCUUUCGCGACUCUGACCUCGCUUGCCUUGGGCAUCUCUGUGACUUCAACCCGCACAUACAACAUCAGCAAUGACGUCGAAGGAUCGGUGCAUUUAAACGGCCUCGCAUUCCAGCAGAAUGCCCUGACGACCUUUGGCGACUACCAAUACGUAGCAUUCUACAAAACAGCGACUGGUUAUGGAAAACACCAUGUUAACCUCGGACGACGUCGCAUUGCACCUAGCUUGAGCGACUGGCAGUUUUUCGCAUUCACUGACUACGUUCAGCAGACACUCGAUGAGCACAACACGAUAAGCAUGGGCAUCUCUGGGGACGGCAGGAUACAUCUGAGUUUCGACCACCACGAUGUACCUCUGAACUAUCGAGUCUCUGCAACAGGCAUCGCCAAGGAAGUCCCAGCCCAAUGGACCAUGGCAGCCUUUGGAGGAUCCGUCAUGCACAGUCUGCCAGGCUCCACGGGCCCGUGGUCGCCCUUGACCUAUCCACGGUUCGAGCGGCUAGCAAAUGGCGAUCUACUUAUGGAGUUUAGGAUCGGUCAAUCUGGCGCUGGAGAUUCGUACAUCCACCGAUACUCCAGCACAUCUGGGCAAUGGAGCGCCCUGGGCAAGUACCUCGAGGGACAAAAUAAUAAUGCAUAUAUCAACGGUUUCACGUCGAGCAACAGCAAGCUAUAUGCCAGUUGGACAGUGCGAGAAACACCAGACGCCAGCACAAACCACGACUUCUACUUUGCCAUGUCCGAGGAUGAAGGCCGAACAUGGAAGGCAACCAGCGGAGCUGCUGUCGCAAAGCCCAUCACGCCGUCUACGGCAGGCAUCAAAGUGUACGCAAUUGCCCAGAAUAUGGAGAUCAUGAACCAAGAGGCGCAGACCACAGACGAGCAAGGGCGUUUUCACGCACUCAUGCGUGACAAGACUUCCGGCACAUCGCGGUUCUACCAUUACCUACGCACCUCGAGUGGCACCUUCACUAAGACAUCCAUCAAUGCACCUGGUCUCGGUCCAGUACCUUACCUGGCUUAUCGCGGAAAACUCGCGGCCAAAGGUGAUGGCCUGAUUGCCAUUCUCCCCGACAAGACAAAGAGCACAGCUGUGCUUUAUGGAGCGACUGCUGGGGGCAACUACCAGGACUGGAAGCUGCUGUAUACUAUUUCGAAUACUGAAGGAGAGCCUUUGGUCGAUGAGCAGAGACUGGCGCAGAAUAGCGUUUUGAGCGUGUUUGUCAGGCAGGGAGGUCCUUUUGGAACGAGGCAAAUUCAAGUAUGGGACUUUGAGCUGCAGUUUUGA